CUUGACGGAGGGAGAGCCUCUGACUACGAAUCUUCCCAUGUUUGGCAAUUUAAUUACGACACUGCCAACGGGUUAGCCAGUAGCCACCUCCACCCCCUCUCAGUCCUAGCCGCUGUCGUAUACUUAGUAUGUAUCACGUAUAUCGAAAUGCGAGUAAAGGAAAUGCAUCCUUUGUGUUGCAUCUCGCUGGAGAGCCCUGGGAUCAGAGAUCGAUCGCCAGAGGUUUCAGCGACGAGAAACGGCUUUCCCGUCGGUUCGACGGCCACCGGCAGUGGAUCUGACACCAAUAUGGGAAUGGAGACGGGAUCUGACGUCAAUGUCGCUGGUGUUCUUUAUAAAUGGACGAAUUACGGCAAGGGGUGGAGAUCUCGAUGGUUUUGCUUGAAGAACGGCGUCCUUUCUUACUCCAAGAUUCGACGAUCGGAGAGUGUCAAUAUGUUGUCGACGACUAAUGACGUUCGAGUGAUUGGAGAUGUUUCUUGCAGUCGACUUUCGCGCCUUGACAGCGUAGGGAGGAAAAAGCAACAAAAAACAACUGGCGUCGUUCAUCUCAAGAUUUCAUCAUUUCGUGAGAGCAAGUCUGAUGAUAAACGAUUCUACAUAUUUACUGCUACAAAGACACUUUAUCUGAGAACUGAUUCAAAGAAAGAUCGUGUUGCUUGGAUUAAUGCAUUAAUCUCUACCAGAAGCUUUUUUUCCCUAAGACCAUUAAAUGAGAAGCUUUCCGUUAUACCAAAUGAUUUAUCUAUAUCGACUGAAAAGCUUAGAUGCCGCUUACUUGAAGAGGGAAGCAACGAGACACUUAUCCAGGAUUGUGAGAAGAUAAUGCUCUCAGAAUUUUCAGAGUUACAAGUACAAUUCAAAGUUCUUUGUGAAGAACGAUCUGUCUUGCUUGACACUUUAAGGCAGUUGGAGGCAGUUAAUAUUGAAGUUGAGGCCCCUGGAAUACAUGAAAGCCAAUUCCAGCUGACAAAGCAUGAAUUUUCUAGCCUUGGCCAUGGGAAAUAUAGUGAAUACAGCACAACUGAAUCAUCUGAUGAUAUUGAAAAACAAGAGCUUGAGGAAGUCUCAGAUGAUGAUGAGACUUUAUUUUUUGACACAAGAGAGUAUUUUAGUGAUUCAACUUCUAUCUGUGGGUGUAUGAUGGGAGUGGGGGAGAAUGUUGAGAGCUGUAUGAAGCCCAGAAACCACUUUGCUACUACUGACAAGAUGUAUGCUGACAAGGACUUUGACUUCAAAUUCCCUCACAUUGAAAGGCGAAAGAAACUUCCUGACCCUAUUGAGAAAGAGAAAGGUGUCAGUCUUUGGUCAAUGAUCAAAGGCAAUGUCGGAAAGGAUCUCACAAGAGUGUGUCUCCCUGUUUACUUCAAUGAACCAAUAUCAUCCCUACAGAAAUGCUUUGAGGACUUGGAGUAUUCCUAUCUUCUUGAUCGAGCAUAUGAAUAUGGAAAGAAGGGAAAUGGUCUCCUAAGAAUUUUGAACGUAGCUGCAUUUGCAAUAUCUGGAUAUGCAUCUUCUGAAGGUCGUCACUGCAAACCCUUCAAUCCUUUAUUGGGUGAAACCUAUGAAGCUGACUACCCUGAGAAAGGGAUUCGUUUCUUCUCUGAGAAGGUUAGUCACCAUCCAACGCUCAUUGCCUGCCACUGUGAAGGCAGAGGAUGGAAAUUCUGGGGUGACAGUAACCUGAGGACGAAAUUUUGGGGAAGGUCAAUUCAACUUGACCCUGUUGGAGUUCUGACUCUAGAGUUUGAUGAUGGUGAGAUCUUCCAGUGGAGCAAGGUCACAACAAAUAUUUACAAUCUCAUCCUUGGAAAAGUGUAUUGUGAUCACCAUGGAACAAUGCACAUACAGGGCAACCGUGAAUAUUCUUGCAAACUCAAGUUCAAAGAACAGUCUAUCCUUGACCGUAAUCCUCAUCAGGUGCAAGGACAUAUUCAAGAUGUCAUGGGAAACAAGGUUGCCACCUUAUUUGGAAAGUGGGAUGACUGCAUAUAUUAUAUUGAAGGUGAUGGAUCUGCAAAGCUGAAGGAUUGUAAUCUAUCAUCUGAGGCCUCUUUAUUGUGGAAAAGUAGUAAACCACCCCCUAACCUCACUCGGUACAACAUGACAUCAUUUGCAAUUACACUGAAUGAGCUUACACCAGGAUUACAGAUUAAGGAGAAGCUUCCACCCACGGAUUCAAGACUUAGACCAGACCAACGGUAUCUUGAGAAUGGGGAAUAUGAGAAGGCAAAUGCUGAGAAGUUGCGGUUAGAGCAAAGACAAAGAAUGUCCAGGAAAUUACAAGAAAACGGGUGGAAACCAAGAUGGUUCCAGAAGGAUGGCGAAAAUGGUUAUUUCCGUUAUGUUGGCGGUUAUUGGGAGGCUAGAGAACGUAGAAAAUGGGACGGAUGUCCGGAAAUAUUUGGCGAAUUUAAGGAAGAGAUGGUCAUUUAAUGCAUGUGAAUAUUGUGGAGUAAUAAAGAUGCAGAUACAGAAAUACCAGACCCGGGGGUCAUGAGCUUUUAAGACGUGCUGGAAGGGUGAGGGUUGAUGGUGUUGAGUUACUAAUUGUCUAAUUGUUUUUUUUUUUUUAAUCCAUUAAUAUUUUGAGUCCCAUAUCUUACGAAAUUAGUCCCCAAUUAUUUAAUUUCGAAGUUGUCAAGAAGUCCUGCAAAGGUUAAUUUCUCAAGUUUCCCUUUAUGCCUGGGUUAUUAUGCAUGAUCUGGCAUGCUAUAUUGUAACCAAAUGUAUUAACUUCAUAUUUAGAGUUUCCUUUUGCAAUGUUUGGAAUAGAAGGAAAAUUGUAGGCAUUACUGA